AGGCAAUUUGGCGCUUCUGUAAAAGCGGACGAAAUCUUCAAUCAAAAGUGCACGUGUUUUAUAAGUGAUAUUGAAGUUGUCUUACAGUGUUGUCGAGAAACUAGAAAAACCCUAGACGACCCCGAAGACGAGCUCUACCUUCAAAAUCUCGAAAUUUCUAAGAUAAAGAUCUACAGGGAAAAUUUAAAAAAUUCAACUGCAGAGCUUUAA